AUGGGCAAACCGACCAACAACGUGGCUAAGCAAAAAUUUCAUCAGAUAUUCCGAAAUCUCCGCCUGGUCAGUGACGCAAUCGGACUGGAUGUGCUAGUGCCGAACUACCGGAUCUCAGGACGAACCGUAUUUUUGUGCCUGAUCGUGACCAAUGCCACUUUCACCACCCUGUACGGAUGCUGGCGGCAGCGAUCGGAUUUUGUGAAACUGCUGGAGUCGGUCCCGUUCAUGAUGAUGGUAGUGCAGGCCAUUCAUAAGGUGAUACUACGCAUCAGCCGGCCGGAACCCUACCGAGCACUGUACGAGCUUUCCUGCAGCAUCUUCGAGAUGCUCAACGAAAAUGAAGCCAAUGGAAUUGUGAUGCAAGGAUCGUUGCGGCUGGGAUGCAUUUUACAGCGUAUGCUGCAAAUAUUAUACGCAGGUGUAAUUUUUAUUUUAGUUGUUGUCGCAAUCGGGCUGUACUUGAUUUUUGACGUAAAGUUUCUUGCCAUGCCAAUGUACUUUCCCGGAUUGGAUGAAAACACGGAUCUCGGCUUCUUGAUUCUUAUUACAAUGCAUAUAGUUAUGCUCAUGGUAGCAAUAUGUGGAUAUCUUACAAUAGAUUGCCACUUUUUGGCAAUGGUUAUUCCAUUUGCUGGCUAUGUAGAUGGAUUUCAAAAUGAAAUUAUUCAGCUAAAUUUACUGUUGAAGCAACAUAAAUCGAAUGAAGUAACUAUUAGCAAUAAAUUGAAACGGAUUUGUCGCCUACAUCAGAUGCUAAUCGAAUACGGUAGCAUGCUUGAGGAUCAUUACACCAUUUGUCAUCUUGUCAAGAUUGGUUCGAUCGUUAUCGGAUUAAUUUGUGCCGCUUUCAUUACACUCGCGUAUAGCUUUAUGCGGACCAAGUUUGUACCCGCAUUGCUAGCUGCUCAGCUUACUCAGUACUGUGCGAUGGGAACAAUAAUUACUACAAAGAACGAUCAACUUAUCAAAGACCUGUAUAACAUGGAUUGGUAUCUUCUGACAAAUAGUGAAGCAAAGCUACUUGUUCUAAUGUUGCAAAGAGCACAAAACGCUCCGCAAUAG